AUGUCGAUACCCCGAAGGUUGCACGCUCAGAGCCUCUUUCGGCCCUCAAGGCUGUGUGCCUCUGUCCUGCCACAAGCACAGGCAGGCAGGAUUCGUGAACUUGAACUGUGCGCGCUGCUGCGAACCGGGUUGCUCAAGUACAGCAUCCUACGGCACAGAACAAAAUGCCUUCGGCGUGGGACCUUCAUACAGCUGCUGCAUCCUACAGGCAACGUCACUCAGGCAACUGAGAAAAUGUACUUCUGCUCCCUGCAUCGUCCAGCCGGCAUCGGCUGGCAGUUUGGAGUGGGAAGCAUGUGUCAGGAGUCUGGAUGCAUCAAGCACGCCUCCUUCGGAGUGCCUGGGAGCAAGAAGGCUCUGUAUUGCGUCUUACACAAGAAACAGAGUCAUUCCAACGUGAAGAAUCGAAGGUUCACAAACAGAUCGGUCUACUUGACAUGA